AUGGACACUCCCAAGAGAGCGUCUUCCAGUCCUAAGGAUCUGCCUACUAGGAAACAACGAAAAGGGAAAGCCCGUGGGAAGGUGGGAGUUGUUAAUCUUGGACAGUUGAUGCAGGUGGAUGGAGGAUAUUACUGUGCUUCAUGUGGCAAGUUGGAUGGAGGAUAUUACUGUGCUUCAUGUGGCAAGGUUUCUGGGACACUUUGGAGUUCUGUGAAUGAUUCAACCAAAUUGGUGCAUGGAAUUGUCGGCACAUGGUCAGUAGCCAGUGAUGUGCAGAAUCUCUGUUCUCUUGCUAUUGAGAAAGCUGACACAUGUCUGGCCUGA